UAAAGUCAAACCAGAUUAAUCAAAGAUUAUUUAAAAAUUAAACUUUAAAGCUGCGAUUUAAAUGUGUACCGUUCGCAUUUAAAAGUUUUGUACAUUAUGGAAGGCCGAAAAAGGCAAAGAUGUGUUUAUGUCACAGCCCGUCAGAAAAAAAAACUUAUUGAAUUAAUGUCAAAACAUCCAGAAUUAAUAUCUUGCAAAGUAACACAAGAUUUUAACUAUAAAGAUUCACAGAAGCUAUGGCAAAAUAUAGCAAACGAAUGCAAUGCUAUGCCCGGAGCAAGAAAAACUUGGAGGCAAUGGAGAAAAACUUGGCAUGACAUUCGCUCAAAAAUAAAGAAAAAACAAGCUGAACCGAAUGGGGAGUUGCCAAUUUCUACAAUUAUGCUGUCUGCUGCAGAACAAGAUGCUUUAGGCAUCAAAACGUCUUCCUCUACUGACAAUUAUCAAGAGUCAACAGAGUUUGUGCCUCUCAGUGACAAUCAAAAUGACAAUUUCAAUGAUGAACUGUCUGCAGCUUCAAUAAGUGAGCCGGAAUCACCCCCUGAGCCCAAAGUUUUUAAUAUACCAGAACAAAAAUCUUCGAAAUUAAAGUUAAGAGGGUCAAAGCAUAGUUCUAAACAUUCAAAUAAUUGUUUUUUAAACUGUGAUCUAAUAACUGUUCAAGAGCAAAGAAAAAUACAAAUAAAAGAAGACUAUUUAAACUUUAAAAAAGAUUACCUAAGACAAAAGUUAAAACUUUUAAAGGAACAAACAGAAGCUCUUAAAAGUAUAGCUAAAGAAUUAUCAAAUUAAUUUAAGUUAACCUAAACUCACUUGCCCUUAGAUCUAUGUUUGUGGUGUAUUCAUUUUACUAUUUCCUUAUGGUACUUACUUUUAGUAUUUUAUUUGUAACUGACCUUACACCAUUUGAGAAAUAUAAAAAAAAAUGAGUAGAUAAACAUAACAUUUGUUCAUUGUCUUUUAAAGGUAGAAUAAAUAGAAAUAUAUUUUCUCAUUAAGAACCUGGUAAGAGAUA